GGCCGCGCCUCCCGCCCAAACCAGCCGGACCUGCUCUCCCGCUCCGCCCCGCAGCCCCCUCCCAUCCACCAGGGCCCAGUCUGGGGCCUUUGGCUUAUACCUCUACUGGGCAGUGAUGGCUCUGCAGACCCCGGUGUUGUCCCCGGCCACACCCACGGUCAUGGCGGAGAGCGCCCUCUAUCGGCAGCGGCUGGAGGUCAUCGCUGAGAAGCGGCGGCUGCAGGAGGAGAUCGGCGCCGCGCGUCGCGAGCUGGAGGAGGAGAAAUUCCGCGUGGAGCGGCUCAAGAGGAAAUCUCUCCGAGAACGUUGGCUCAUGGAUGGGGCAGCUGAAGGGCCAGAGCGGCAGGAGGACCCCGCCUCCAAGGACCCAGAAUCACCCGAAGGACAGGCCCAGGCUCGAAUUCGCAACCUGGAAGACAGCUUGUUUUCACUCCAGUCACAGCUACAGCUGUUGCAAAGUGCGUCCACAGGUGCCCAACACAGACCUGCUGGCAGGCCCGCCUGGCGCAGAGAGGGUCCCCGUCCUCUCUCUCAGCCUGCCAUGGACACAGGUCCUACAGGCCCUACAGAUGUGGACAAGAGAACUUCCUUGCCAGAUGCUCCAGUGGGCAUAUCUUCCGAGUCUCCUUCUGAUCCCAGGGAGGAGUCCAUUGGGGUUCUACCAGCCUUGAGGCCAUCCCCUGAGGCUAUAGGGACGUCUUCAGAAGCCAAUGGCCCCUGCCCUGGGCACAGCUCCCUCCCAGAGCAGCUGAGCCUAGGGGUGUCAAGUGUCACUAAGGCCAAAGGAGAUGGUGUGGUGGAGGUGGUUUGGGCUGGGCUUAGAGCCACCGAGAACAGUGCCACAGGCCCCACAGGUGUGGAGCUAGAGGCUAAGGUGGAAGAAGUGGUUCUGGAGGCCAUUGGGGCCAGGCAGGGCACCAGCAGCCCUGAUCUCCCCACUUGGGUGAAGGAGGGCAGGGGUGUGGUGGAGGUCGUCUGGGAGGGGUUGGGAGGCAGGGAUCUUGAUGUCACAGAGGAGUCAGGCAGUGGUGCAGAGGCCAUGCACACCGGUACCCCGAGACUCCAGGAGCAAUUUGAGUCUGAAACUUGCAGAAAAGAGGAAGGUGCUUCUAGAGAUAGUCUUGAGGGUGUUGGGCAGGGAGGUCCUGGAGCAGAGGAGGGAUCCUUCAUUUGGGUGGAGAAAGUGGCCCUCAGCGAAGACUGGGAGGAGAUCUUGAUGGAGGGUUUGGAAGCACCCCCAGAGGCAGGAUCUGCAAGAGGACCUGAGGCUUUAAUGGGGGCACAGCCCAGAGGAGAUGAAUCGUCCUGGGAGGUGGAGAAGAGAGAAGUGGAGAAAAUGGAGGGCAGAGAAGAGAAGGGAAGGGCGGAAAAGCUUGGGGCAGAGCUGGAGGAUGGGGCAGCUGUGCUGCCAGAUGCGACUCAGGGAGGGGAGGAAAGCGAGGCAGAGAAGAUAGAGAGAAAAGACGGUGAGGGCCCCUUUCCAGAAGAGAUAGCAACAGAUGAGGAAAAGUGGGAGGUGAAAGAAAAGAAAGAUGAAGAGCCAUUGGAAGUAGAAAAGGGAGGUGAGGAGGAGCCUCCCACCAUUGAGAAGCCAUUGGUGGCAGAAAAAGAGGCAGAGGGCUCACCGGAGACAGAGAAAAAAGGAAAUGAGACGCCAUUGGGCCAGGAGAAAGAUGGCGAAGGCUCAUUAGACAGAGAAUCAAAAACUGAGAUAUUAUUGGAUGGAGAGACAGGAGGUGAGAGCUCAUUGGAUGAAACUAAAGGAAGCAAGAAACUAUUGGAUGAGGAGACAGGAGGUGAGGGUUCAUUGGAUGAAGCAACUAAAGGAAGUAAGAAACUGUUGGACGGGGAGGCAGGUGGCAGUGAGCUAUUCUCAGAGGUGGAGAAGACUUCAGGCGCCAAGGAUGAUGUGAGCCCAGAGGAGCAAGGCAAAUCCAAUGAAGGAGCAGAUUUUCAGGCGGAGGAAGCCAGCCAGCCAGGAGCUACUCUCUGUGUCCAGGAGGAGCCCAGAUCAGAGGAGCAAGGACUGCAAGACCCGGAGAAGCAAGAAAGCCCGGUAGAAGAGGCAACCAGGAAGCCUCAGCCCUGUACUGAGAGUGAGGGUCCCCCAGAGGAUGCCACCCCGCUCCUAGCUGAGACCCCAGCCCCAGAGCAGCCUGUGGAAAGCCAGCCACUGCUCCGUCAGGAAGUGUCCAGCACCAACCCUGGUGACCACCCUGCACCCACAUAUGCACCUGCCCCCCAGCUUGAGCUGGCUGAGGUCAAAGAAGCUAGUGGCCCCAAGCAAAAGACGUGCCAGUGUUGUGUGGUCAUGUGAGCCUACGCCUGCCGCCCAGCACCCUCUUCCUCCUCUCACAGCUACCUCGCUGCCUGGCAUCCAGCAGAAGGUCCCAGGCAUAGACAGGGUACCAUAGGACUCGUGGUAGCACCCAGGAGCCAGUAGGCCCCUGUGCUUACUUACACCUGGGCUUUUAGAUUCCCUGCCCACUGCCUGUGGCCCUGACUUCCUUCUGCAAUGAAGCCUUUAUACUUGAAAAUUAAAUGUUAAGGCACUCUGGCUUU